GCGAGUAUGCACGAUCUUCACCAACAGCCAUUUCGCAUUACGUUUCCCGUGGAGCACCGCCGCUGUCAAAACACUUCGCCAUUUCAGGGUUAGGAGGGGGAAUUAGGUCAGUCGAGCGGAGGUGGCCGUUUCUUAUUUUCUGUCGUCAGUGUGCUCUGUAAUUGGGUUCCGAUGCGAGUUAUCUGGCUGUUGCGGAUGAGUUUUUCCUUCGUGGGCCCGGGUUGAAGAGUGAAGUCAACUUUCGGAUUUUCCUUCGUCCAGCUACUGAGCUAGCGGUGUGUGUAAACAACAAGGAUGAAACGGAUCAAAGGAGGAGAGGAAGCAAGCAGCGGUGAAAGCCCGCCAGAGGCCUGCAAAAAGCUCCGUACGGAGACGAGCGAGGAGUCGGAGGCCGUGGCAGCCGGUGAGUCUCCGCUGUGCGACUGGUCACUGCUGCCUCAGGAAAUCCUGCUGCACAUCUUCCAGUACCUCCCGCUGCUGGACCGGGCCUACGCCUCGCAGGUGUGCCGUUGCUGGAACGAAGCCUUCCACAUGCCCGAGCUGUGGAGAUGCUUCGAGUUCGAGCUCAAUCAGCCAGCGAGCUCAUACCUGAAAGCCACGCACCCGGACCUCAUCAAGCAGAUCAUCAAGAGGCACUCCAACCACCUCCAGUACGUCAGCUUCAAGGUGGACAGUAGCACAGAGUCUGCAGAGGCAGCAUGUGACAUUCUGUCACAGCUGGUGAAUUGCUCCCUCAAGACCUUGGGGCUCAUCUCUACCGCUAGGCCCAGUUUCAUGGAGGUUCCAAAGUCUCACUUCAUCUCGGCGCUGACGGUGGUGUUCGUCAACUCCAAGUCGCUGUCGUCGCUGAAGAUCGACGACACGCCGGUGGACGAUCCGUCGCUGAAGGUGUUGGUGGCCAACAACAGUGACACGCUGAAGCUGCUGAAGAUGAGCAGCUGCCCCCAUGUGUCCCCUGCAGGGAUCCUGUGUGUGGCGGACCAGUGUCACGGGCUGAGAGAGCUGGCGCUCAACUACCACCUCCUCAGCGACGAGCUCCUGCUGGCGCUCUCUUCGGAGAAGCACGUCCACCUGGAGCACCUGCGCAUCGACGUGGUGAGCGAGAACCCGGGCCAGCACUUCCACACCAUCAAGAAGAGCAGCUGGGACGCCAUGGUGCGCCAUUCGCCCAAGUUCAACCUGGUCAUGUACUUCUUCCUCUACGAGGACGAGUUCGGCCCCUUCUUCAACGACGAGAUCCCCAUCACGCACCUCUACUUCGGCCGCUCCGUCAGCAAGGAGGUCCUGGGCCGUGUGGGCCUCCACUGCCCCCGCCUGGUGGAGCUGGUCGUGUGCGCCAACGGGCUGCGGCCGCUCGACGAGGAGCUGAUCCGCAUCGCCAAGCACUGCACGCAGCUGUCCGCCAUCGGCCUGGGGGAGUGCGAGGUGUCCUGCAGCGCGUUCGUGGAGUUUGUGAAAAUGUGCGGCAGGAGGCUGUCCCAGCUGUCCAUCAUGGAGGAGGUGCUGAUCCCGGAUCACAAGUACUCGCUGGACGAGAUUCACUGGGAGGUGUCCAAACAUCUGGGCCGGGUCUGGUUCCCGGACAUGAUGCCGACUUGGUAGGGGGGCCGCUUUGACCUGAAAAGCCGCUCCGCUGUAGUGAACUGCCAGGUGCCAACUUGACGAGCAAAACUUCUCUGAGCGUCUGGAGUAAAAAAAAAAAAAACUAAAAAAAACGGGGAUGUCAUGUGAUUCCGUCUGAGAGCCUGAAAUCAACUCUGGAGUGAAACUCAGAGCGGCCGGAAGAGCAGCGACAACAAGCCGAGUUAAAUGGACUAGGGCUGAAACGAUUAAUCGUGAUUAAUCGUUUAUUGAAAUAAUUGUCCUCUGAUAUAGUGAUCGAUUAACUAUAGUACACAGGUUCUGAAAAAGGUCAACAUAUUCAGAGUGGUUAAUUAAGCCAAAUAUUUUGCAUUUAAAAUAA